AGAUGUUCAGCGCUUUGUAUAAAAAGUGCGCCACAGGAAGGGGUUAAUUCUCCCUCUAUACUGGCGUUUUAACUGAAAAGUGUCAGAAUUUUCCCUUUACGUAAUUGAAAACUGUUGUUUCCACAAAUGCGAUUAAAAGCAUUUUCUUCACAAUUAUAUCGCUAUUACACAUCUAGUUUUCUCUGGAAAUUCUCAAACUAUCCUAGUAGAUGUUUGUAUACAUAUCCGUCGAGAACUCGCAGAGUCCUUUGGAGUUUGGACACAAUCCAGCCUAAAACUUCUUUUUGUUCAGAUGCUGUAACUAACCCACAGUCAACACUGCCAGUUUCUGUCACAUCAGAUAACUCUGAAUUGUCAGGUGAUCAAGAUGAAAUUAAAGGAAAGAUGUACAUUGAAUUUACAUGCAAGAAGUGCACUACUCGAUCAAGUAAAUAUUUUUCUAAGUUGGCUUAUGAAAAAGGCAUAGUUAUAAUUCGUUGUGAUGGGUGCCAAAGUUUACAUCUAAUUGCUGAUAACCUGGGAUGGAUUAAAGACAAACAUUGGAAAUUAGAGGAUUGCGUAAAAGUUGACAAAAAAUCAGUAUAUAUAGCUUAAAUGGACAUUUUAAGACAGAAACCAUUGUGGUCGAUUUGAUUAAACUUUACUUAUGUAAAUCUGUAAUAACGCAUCAUCCAACAAGAUCACUCUCCUCAGUCAAUGUAUCUUGAACUCAUGUUUACAUUGUACAGUGUAAAUAGAAUAAUGUUUGAGCUAAUAAUAAUAAUAAAAUUCCUGAAAAGUUUUGCUGAUUCUGAGCCAUAUCAUUCAACGUCUUCACCAUUUAUUCCAGUUAUCACGAGGACCCUAACCAGGCAGUCUACAUUCACCGAAAUAUAUUAG